GCGAGUCACAUCCCGCCACCCCGCCGAUCGAUGCCCGCCAUCAAGGACAGUCGGUCGGAUGUACGGAUGUGUUGCAGAACUGCGCCUGUGCACCUGUUACUGUGCUGACGGUCUCCCCAGCAGCGUCGCUCCCGCCAAGGCUCCGCCCCAGCAGAAAAUGCGACGUGCUUCCCGAAUCACUGACACAGUAGCGGGAUAAUGCUUGUGAUUAGCACAGCAACGACGGUCUCCAAAAAAUCCCCGCAGGGCCCACUGCCCACUGCAAGGGGCAUGGGUGACCUCAAUCAAUCUGCCACCCGAACACCCAGAUGGGCGAACAGACUUGAGAGUUCGGAGACGUGCACGACCCCUCAUCUCGAAGAAGGAGCACAAUGGGGGAGGCAGGGAGGGGGGAAGGGAAAGACAGGAGAGAAGGGGGCAACAUCACAACCUCGCCGUGCAGAACUCGACGUGGUGCCCUCUCCCCGUCGAACGCUCUCGCCAAGGCUCCACCCCAGCAAAAAAAAAAAAAAAACGGCGUGCUGCCCUUAUCGACGACCAAGUGGCUGGAGAGUACUGUGGCCUGCAUAAAUCCACUGCAGCAUCAGACGGGCUACGACGACCCAGACACGCAGCCCAAUAACUUGGCCGAACAUUGGACCAACGUUUGGCCACGUGGGCGGAUCCAAAAGGCAGAGGGCGGCGGCGAUUCGACGCAGGCAUCCUCGCGAAAAACUCGGAGGAGCAGCCAAGAAGAAAACACGAAGCCAGGGGCUAGAGGCUAAUCGGGGAUGGACAGACCUCCCUUUCG